CGGCGCGUCACGACCAUGGCGGCGGACUCCGACGUGCUCCACUUCCAGUUCGAGCAGCAGGGGGACGCCGUGCUGCAGAAGAUGAACCUGCUGCGGCAGCAGAACCUCUUCUGCGACGUGUCCAUCUACAUCAACGACACCGAGUUCCACGGGCACAAGGUGAUCUUUGCCGCCUGCUCCACCUUCAUGAGGGACCAGUUCCUGCUCACGCAGUCACAGCAGGUGCGGAUCACCAUCCUGCAGAGUGCGGAGGUGGGCCGGAAGCUGCUCCUGUCCUGCUACACGGGGGCUCUGGAGGUGAAGAGGAAGGAGCUCCUGAAGUACCUCACAGCGGCCAGUUACCUGCAGAUGGUGCACAUUGUGGAGAAAUGCACCGAGGCCCUGUCCAGGUACCUCGAGAUCGAUGCCUCCGUGGAGGGCGGCGGAGGGUGCGGCGAGAAAUGCCAUUCGUCCGACAUGGAGCUGGGCGUCAAGGGCGGCUGCCCCGACAGAGACUGCGAAAUCAUCGAGAUCUCCGAGGACAGCCCUGCGAACCCAGAGGAGCACAUCAAGCAGGAAAAGGGGGACGCCCAGCCGCCCACCAUGCAAGGCUUGGUACCGGAGAGGAAGGAGGUUAAAAGCCCCGAGAUCUCGACCGUCGAGAUCGGCUAUAAGGAUGAUGAGAUCUGCAUCUUCCGGGUGGAUUCGCUAAAUGCCGCUGGCGUGGAAGCCGAGCAGUUCUCGCAGCCCUGCACCUCCUCCAAAACAAGCCUGUAUUUCCCCGAGACGCAGCACUCGCUGAUCAACUCGACAGUGGAGAGCAGGAUGACGGAAGUGCCCGGUGCUCAGUUCCAGAGCUUCAGCGGCGAGACCCCGGAAGGGGCUGCGAGCGCCAUGGGCGGCUUCCAGAGCCCCGAGGACUCCAGCUACUCCUGGCGGCACCAGUGCCCAAAGUGCCCCCGGGGGUUCCUGCACCUGGAGAACUACCUCCGCCACCUGAAGAUGCACAAGCUGUUCCUGUGCUUGCAGUGCGGGAAGACCUUCACCCAGAAGAAGAACCUGAACCGGCACAUCCGGGGCCACAUGGGGAUCCGCCCGUUCCAGUGCAUGGUGUGCCUGAAGACGUUCACGGCCAAGAGCACGCUGCAGGACCACCUGAACAUCCACAGCGGGGACCGGCCCUACAAGUGCCACUGCUGCGACAUGGACUUCAAGCACAAAUCUGCCCUCAAGAAGCACCUGACCUCCGUCCACGGGAGGGGCACCGUGGACAAGGCUGCCUUUGACGCCAUCACGGAAGUCCGCAUAGACUACGACUAGCCACCCUCUCCGUGGGCGGGCGGGCGGGCGGGCCGGGGAACUUGCUCUUCCUCUCGCCUACGUCCCGGCCCUG